CCGGAGUCGCUAGUAUAUGUCCCGGCCAUUAAGCACACGUAUUAGUACGAGAGUAUCAGUGAAUCUGUCGUGUAUGUGCGGGAGUGUUUUAGUGUGAUGUGCCACACCACCUGACCACAGGAGCUUUGGAUACUAGGACAACAGCCUUGCUGCUUUGAAUAACUUCGCAGGGUAUCUAACCCUCCAUCAACACUGACAGGACAGCAGCUAUGACAACCUCAGGGAUUAUACUGCUGCUGACGCUCUCUGCCGCCAAGGUUGCCUACAGCUCUGGAGUUUUCGAGCUGCGAUUGCUGGGAGUGGAGAACCCCUUGGGCCUGGACUGGCGGGGGGAGUGCUGCUCGGGCCCCAUGGCUUCGAAGCCUGGGGCCCCCUGCCCCAGCCCAUGCUCUGUGCGCGUGAGGGCAUGCCUCAAGCACUACCAGGCCCAAGUGGACACCACCACCCCAUGCACCUUUGGCGAUCUCGUUACCCCAGUCCUUGGAAAUAAUUCCCUUCAACUUGGACCCGAGGGGCACCUCAUCACCUUCAGAUUUGACUUCACCUGGCCUGGCACGUUUUCCUUAAUCGUCGAGGCCUGGCACGACAAUAACUCAUCAUCGACUCUUUCCGCGAGUAAGCGGUUGAUCUCGAGGCUGACGACGCAGAGGUUCCUGGAAGUGGGGCCCGAAUGGAGCCCGGGGGGCACAGAAGGCCCUGUUACUUACGAGUACAGGGUCACCUGUGAGCCCCAUUAUUACGGGCCCGGGUGCGCCACUGUCUGCAGGCCUAGGGACGACAACUUCGGACACUACACAUGCUCAGACUCCGGGCAGAGGAUCUGCACCGAAGGUUGGACAGGCGACUACUGCUCCCAACCUAAGUGCCUGCCUGGUUGUGACUCCGUUCAUGGACAUUGCAAUAACCCCAACGAAUGCCUAUGUCAAAGUGGAUGGAAAGGCAAGUUAUGCUCUGAAUGCGAGCGUUACCCCGGAUGUCUUCAUGGUUCAUGCAAGAAACCCUGGGAGUGCCUUUGCGAUGAAGGUUGGGGUGGACUUUUCUGUAAUCAGGAUUUGAAUUAUUGUACAAACCAUAAACCCUGCAAGAACAAUGGUACUUGUUUCAACACUGGACAAGGCUCAUAUACCUGUUCAUGUCCUCCUGGCUUUGCGGGAUCUGACUGUGAGGAAGCUUCGACAACGCCUGUAGGAUGUCGACCAGGAGUGUGUCAAAACGGAGCAACUUGCAUUGAGGAAGGAAAAGGCAACUUUAAAUGUGAAUGUGCUGCCGGAUGGAAGGGUGAACGUUGCGAAAAGAGUAGCCUGUCCUGCGGAGAUCUUCCAUGCCUGAACGGAGGAACAUGCCAAGAUACAGCAACUGGAUUCUUAUGCUUGUGCCACCCCGGGUAUGGUAGCAGAGACUGCAGCGUCGAGCUCUGCCCCGGUGGACAGUGUAUUUGCCCGAUUGGUUUUACUGGACGUAAUUGUGACAUUAAUAUAGACGACUGUCUUUCGUCUCCAUGUGCCAACGGUGCGACCUGCAUCGACGGAACCAACUCUUUUAAGUGUCAGUGUGUGCCGGGUUUCGUCGGUCCUCUAUGCCAAGAGCCCGUGGAUUACUGCUUAGCUAAGCCUUGUGCCAAUGGAGCCACCUGUGCCAAUCUGAUCAAUGACUACAAGUGCACAUGCAAACCAGGUUUCACCGGUAAAGACUGUUCUACGGACAUUGAUGAAUGCAGUAGCAAUCCUUGCCAACACGGAGGAACAUGUUCUGACAGAGUAAACGGUUUUCUGUGCACUUGUCCUCCUGAGUUUCGUGGCUCUGUAUGUUCGGAAGGUGGGGCUAUGGGUAACAUUUCACGUCAAGUGCUUACUAGGACAGCAACAAAAGCUGAAGGGCUUUCCACGGAACACAUCCUCGUCAUUGCAACGCUGUCAGUUGCCGUUCCUUUAGCAGUACUCGUCGCAGCAGUUGUUGUCUUCUGUCUCAAGCAGAGGAGAACAAUCGAGAGGCGGAAAGCUGACGAAGAAGCGCGGCGGCAGAACGAAGUCAACACCGUUUCCAGCGUCUCCAAGCGGCCUGAUGCUCACAUGAUCAAGAAUACCUGGUCUGGAAAGAGCGAACCGGAGGAGACCAACUGGGACCCUGUAUACACACUUCAGAGGAGUAGGAGCCAGAAGCAGCUCAACACAGAGUUGGUGAGGCACGGGGAACCUGCCAAGAGGCUGUCUCUCCUGUCGCUAGACUCUGCGCCUCCCAUCCACUCCAAUCAGAGUAUGUUGGGAGAAGGUAGCGGAAAACCCGGGCGAGGGAUCGAGCGAAGAUCGGAAUACCUGAAGCCAGGGGUGUAUCUGAUAUCGCCGCCGCAGGCCUAGCCACAGACUGAUUCUACCUAUUAUAUAUUGUAAAUAAUUUAAUAUUGUGAUUUCGUCGAAUACUAAGUCAAUAUGGACUAGGGAGCGCCCCACGACUGACUCCAUCAUGGGCCCUAUUCGAUUUUACUUAAAAAAAGUAUCUCUUUCCCUAAUUUAAUUUAUAUAGAUAUAUAAAAAAAUAAUUAUUAUAUAUUUGAUAAAUGUGUAUAUUUUGUAUGGUUGUAAGCGGGCCUUGAACGGCUCGGAAUAGAGUUCCUCUAUUGUUAAAGCUAAGUCAAAAUAAAUUUAAAACGUUAUUAAGAGGGGAAAACCGACAGAAAGAAAAAAGAAGAAAUCAUUUCUUUCCCUCGAUUUUUCCCUUUUUGAAUGAAUUGGAUAGCGCAUUUUUGCCCACAGGUCAGUUUGCGAUUUUGGACGAACACUAACUGACCUCUGGGACCUUUCCAUCAUUUCUUUAUUCAGGACUAUUUGUACUUAAAUGUGUUAAUAAUACUCAGUGUCAUUUUCUUUUGACCUUUGACUAUAUAUUUGUGUGAAAACAUAUAUGUAUAUAUUGUUUGUGAAAUGAAAUAUGUACGUACAUCUUCUCAAUGGACUCAAACACUCAUGUAGAGAGCUACUUAUUUAUAUCGUUGAUUACAAGUAUAAAUUGUGUAUAUUUAAAUAUUGUUAAAUAAAUUUGUGUGUGCGGGUGUGUGUAUAUAUGUAUAUGUUCCAAAAUGAUGUCAUUUUUUGUAUGAUAUGUAUAUUUAUAGUGAGAAAUGUUGUAUUUUUUGUAAAUAUAAAUU